AUGACGGACAAGAAGGAGCAGCUGUAUGCUGUUGACGACAUACUGGCUUGCAAGAGAGUGGGGGGGAAGUUCUACUACAGGAUUCGGUGGAGUGGCUAUGGCGCGGCUGAUGACACUUGGGAAGGGAAGGAGUGUUUCACCGCAGGUUCUCUUUCCCACUUUCGCCCAAGGCUUAAUGCACUUGAACAGCUGUGGCUUAACUCAAGUUCAGGCAGUACCCGCCAGCAGAAUGCAAAGAGUAAGGCGUCUGGCACAGGCAACAGAGACCGGCGAAAAAAGAAGACACUGAAGAAAAAAGAGGAGGCUACAGCAGCCAGAAAAACCAAACCAGCAAAAUCAAGCAAGGCAGGAAAAGGUAACAGCGGAAAGACCACACGCACGGAAGGAAGAAAUGAGAAGCGGCGGCAUUAG